AUUUGCCGAUUGCUCAUUUGCCAUCCUAUGGCAAAAAACUAAGUUGAUUAUUUUACAGUGCAGGUAAACUUAUAAUUAGACUUGGAUUGUGUUCCAUAAAAAGACUCUUGUUUAAGCAACUAAACGUCAGUAACUAGUUAGCAGUAUACUGAAUUGCAAGGAUCUUAAAUACGAUAUUUAUUAGACGCUGUGUAGUCGUUUUAUUAAACUGCUAAUUAUUGUUUCAUGUGGACAGGUUUAAUGUACAAUGUUAUCAAAGUUUAUCAUUGUGAAUCGUUCUUAUCUCAUCGUAACAGUCUUUAUGUCACAUAUUUGUCGGAACACACGCGCUGAAACAUGUUUGCGAUAGCUCUGAUCCUUGUUGUACUCUGUGCGCUUUACUGGUACGGUACAAGAACCUUCAAAUAUUGGGAGAGUAAAGGAAUCAAACAUGACAAACCUGUACCAUUCUUCGGCAACAGCUUGCCCGUAUACCUAAUGAAGAAGAGCAUAACGCAAAUGACUGCUGAACUUUACUGGAAAUACCCAAAGGAAAAACUCGUGGGAAGUUACGGAGCCACAAAUCCCGAAUUAGUUGUAAGGGAUCCAGACUUCGUGCGGCGAAUUCUGGUAACCGACUUCUCGUAUUUCUACCCGCGCGGCAUCAACACUCAUAAGACUGUGGUCGAGCCUCUGUUGAGAAAUCUUUUUUUUGCUGAUGGCGACCUGUGGAAAUUACUGAGACAACGUCUAAGUCCAGCAUUCACAAGCGGGAAACUUAAAGCCAUGUUUCCGCUCAUUGUGGAGCGUGCUGAGCGCCUGGUGGACAACGCGAUCAACGCCCCACAGACGGGACGCGUCCUGGACUCUCGAGAACUGAUGGCUCGCUACACCACGGACUUCAUUGGGGCGUGUGGCUUCGGCCUUGACGCCGAUUCCCUAAGUACUGAAGAUUCCGCUUUCAGAAGACUCGGUGCUAAAAUAUUUCAAACUCGCUGGCAAGAUAUUCUUAUUCAAAUGUUGAAGGAAAUGUUUCCUGAGACAUGUAAACAUCUAAAAAUACUUGGAAAAGUAGAACAAGAUGUAAUUUCCCUGGUUAAGAGCAUUAUUGAAAACAGAAAUUAUGAGCCUUCUGAUCGGAACGACUUUAUCGACCUACUUCUUGAAUGUCGCAGAAAAGGAAAAAUGAUAGGAGAAUCUAUAGAAAAAAGAAAUGCUGACGGGAGUCCUCAAGAAGUAUCGCUGGACAUGGAUGUAUUUCUGAUGGCCGCUCAAGUAUUUGUAUUCUUCGCUGCGGGUUUCGAAACAUCCUCCUCCGCAACAAGCUUCACGUUACAUCAGCUCGCAUACCAUCCUGAGAUACAGAGAAAAGUGCAAGAAGAAAUCGACACAAUUUUGUCGAAACACAAAAACACGCUGUGCUAUGACGCAGUAAAUGAAAUGAGUUAUUUACAUUGCGUUUUCAAAGAAGCGCAGCGAAUGUUUCCUUCUUUAGGGUUUCUGAUAAGGCAGUGUGCUCGGCGGUACACAUUCCCAGAAUCGGACCUCACAAUAGACGAGGGUGUGACCAUAUUUAUUCCUGUUCAGGCAUUUCACUUGGACCCACAGUUUUUUGAUGAUCCAUUAACGUUCCGGCCGGAAAGAUUUUUUCAUGAAUUCUCUAACCCAAUGACAAAAUACGUAUAUUUGCCAUUUGGUACAGGACCUCGAGCAUGCGUAGGCGAGAGACUCGGUCUGAUGCAGUCUCUGGCGGGUCUGGCGGCGGUGCUGUCGCGCUACUCGGUUGAACCCGCGCCGGAAACAUUGCGCUAUCCAAAGGUCGACCCUUCCUCAAACAUAGUGCAGAGUAUCAGUGGUGGUUUACCUUUGCUGUUCCGUCCGAGAGCAGCGAGAAAUUGAUAAUCACCAUUUCUAUAAUGUUUUCUAGACUUAACGAGCAAAAAAGCAAGUAAUGUACAUUUGUUUCAAUUAGUUCCUUUUAUUAAUGUUUUAUUUGACUGGAUAUUUUAUUAUACAGAUUACCAGAUUACCACCUUUCUACUACCUGACAUCAAAAAUACCUUAUUAAAAU